AAAAAACUGCUGGUUCAAAUCGUUCUCACUUUUAAGGUCUGCCAAAAGCUCGAGAGGAACAGGAAUAGAUUUUGUCGCUUCACAUUCGAUUCGGUGCCAGGAGACUUGUACAGAAAGGGUGGAGAAGGGCUCAAAGGAUAGGAGAUCCUGCUGUGGUGUGCAGGUUGUUGGAAUACUAUUUCGACUGAGUAGAAAGUGUAGGCGUUGAAGAACCAAGCGUGGACAGCAAAGACAUGUGAUGGAUUUUGCAGUGGGCAUGAUGGUUUAUUGGAAUCUGAUGGCUGGUUUUGGAGUAAAAACCAUAUGGUGUUAAUGACCAGCAGUUAGUCUUGGUACAGAUUCUCGGUGGUAAUCAUAGACUUGGCAGUGAAAGCAGAGCUCUUGAAAUCGAAUUAUUGAGACCGGGACGAGAGGGUGUGAUAAAGGAGCUUUUGUUACAAGAUUGGACUUCAUAAUUUUUGUAUGACCGUACAGAAGACUUGAAGUUUCUUCAUUUGAAUAAACGGACGACAACAGCGAUUGGAAAUACAGGAGGAAUGCCGAGGGGAAUUCAAAGAGGAUUUCCAGUCUGAAAUGUGCUUUUGACUGGGGCAUGCUUCUGAGCUGCGAACAGUGGGUUGAGGACAAGAGUGUUUGCUGAACUCAAAUUGUAUGAUUGAGGUCUUGUAUGGGUGCUCAGGUUUCUAUUUUUCUUUUACUGUAAUCGUUGAGGGAGAAACGAUUUGUCAGUAAUUUGUGAUCAUCAUCGUUAUUAUUUUCUCAAAUAUCUAGCUUGGACAGCCAUGGCCUUAUCAAUGCAUUUGAUGAAGUCGCUUAAAUUUAAUGCCUCCGAAUUUGGGGGCUUUGUUCCUGUGCCCAAGAGCUCGUUUGCGCUGGGUGCUCGUCCUCAGGUUAACGUUGAUUCUCCGGCAUCGAUGCUGUCCCUCCGCGUUGUUCCUACAACAUCUUUCUAUCUUUCAAAAGCCAGCAUCAACUCAACUACGUAUCUUUCGCGGCUUGCGUAUCGUCAAUUUGGUGUUGAUUAUGUUUUGGUUGGUUGCCAGUCAUCGAAUGUGAAGAAGAAGAAAUUAGUCUGUGAUGCGGCAUCAUCGAGUGCGUCGUCUUCAUCUGGGGAUCAAGCAUAUUUUAACUCUUUUGCAAUACUAGGCAGAAGUUUCUCGCUGAAAGACGUGCAAUUUGUUUGCGCGGUUGUGGCCACGGUUCUGUUAGCGAGCGCCAAUAAGAUUCUGCAUAAAAUGGCUCUCGUACCUCUAAGUAAAUAUUCUUUGUUUUUGGCACAGUUCAACACAGUUAUAUAUGUUGUUACUUAUUCGACGAUACUCCUAAUGCGUUACCAAUCAGGGAUUGUCACAAAGGAGAUGCUCUCUAUUCCGAAGACAAGAUUUAUAUUGGUUGGUGCCUUGGAGGCCUUAGGGCUCGCCAUGAGUAUGGCUUCUGCUUCAGUUCUUCCCGGCGCCAUUAUACCAGUUCUGACUCAGGUAUUUUUAGUUUGGCAACUUCUCCUUUCGUCGACCAUUCUGAGAAAGCGCUAUACAUUUGGACAAGUUGGAGGCUGCUUGCUGGUCAUUGCUGGUGUUGUGGUUGUGGUUGGAAGUGGAUCGGGAGGGAUUGGUGUGGACACAUUACAGCAGUCUGGCUACUUUUGGCCUUGUAUAAUGAUUUUCUCAACAUUUUUCUUCGCUGCUUCGUCAAUUUUGAAGGAGCUUGUGUUCCGAGAUGGUGCCAAACAAUUAAAAGGAGGAAAUUUGGACCUCUUUGUUGUGAAUACGUUUGGUUCACUUUUUCAGUCACUUUUUGUCUCCAUGAUCCUUCCAGUGGUGUUCAACGUUCGAGGAGUACCUUUUCAUCAGGUUGGACAGAGUCUUAGUGAAGGUUACAUGUGUUUCGUCAACUAUGGUUCCAAAAUCAGUGGCUGUGAAGGUGCUCCUUUAGUGCCUCUGCUGUAUGUUGUAGUAAAUAUGUCUUUCAACAUCUGUUCCCUUAGUUUAUUGAAACAUUAUUCAGCCAUAGUUUCUUCUCUUUGUUCAACACUGUCAAUUCCCCUCGCAAUUUGGGUUUUCACUUUCCCGUGGCCCUACUUGGGAGUUCCACCAUCCUUACCGUCCGGUUUUUUUCUAGGUGCGGGCAUUCUUGUGGUGGGCCUUGCUAUUUACAGCUUAUCAAAACCUGCUUAGGAGAAGGAUCACAGGGAUUGAGUUUAGUGGUUUGUGAUAAUUUCCAGGUACUGUAGAGAUGUUAAUGUUCUGGAUUUUACAGAUUCUCUACUGAACGAGGAAUCCGUUUGAGGAGAUAGUUGUGCGUUGGAUGGUGGUUCGAAUGACGAUUGUCUCGCCAGCUCAGUUCGUGUGCAGGUGUCUGCGCUUUUAGUGCUGCCCGGUAUUCACCUACAGCAUGAGCCAAGCUGCCGACUACAGUUACGGCAACAAAUUAUCUGUAACGUGUUAGUGCAACUAAGAGGGCUACGACAUUGAAAAUAGAUUGUAAUUUGUGCAACUUUAACAGAAAUGCGCUGAGAAUUAGAUAUUAUUGGGAUCCAAUGUGACCAUACCAGCCUGCAACUGCUGCAAUACGUUUUAUCCUUGAAAGUUUAUACUUCAGAAUCCGUUUCGAUUUGCUUCUUUUGAAUUUCAAAUUCCUCAACAAUUUUCAACGCAAGAUGCCUCAAGUUUUUUCUAGGGAUAGCAACAUUUAUGAUACUCCAAUGGUACGAGUAUCAUUUUACAAAUGCCGCAGUUCAUAUUGGUUGAAAUUGUUACCACCAUUAUGCAACAUUGUAUCACCAUUAUAUGGAAUGAAAUUCAUGUCUCUAAUCCUUCAGUUAGGCUUUCUGCAAAA